AUGAGCAUAUUUCGCAAGGGUAAGGCCAGCCGGAGCAGCCGUGGCAAUGAGCCCGCGUCAUCAGCGCCGGCCACGAUAGUAGAGACCGAAUAUGUUAAUCUGUCCCCUCCCCCUUGCGCCAUGCAGAUCAGCGAGCGCAUUGCAACAUGCAUACAUGCAUGCAUGCUCCUAGUCGAUUUAAGUACUAUAUAUACCAUCGAAGCCGCUGCGAAGAUGGGGCGCUCUCCCCUUAUUUUUAUUCUUGCGACAGUGAUUGUCGCCAUGGGAGAAGAUGAAGAAGGUGAAGAAGGCCCCAUGUCUGUGUCGCAAGGAGAAGGCGAGACAUUUGUUACCCAGUGA